UAUAUAUAUUUUCCCAUGUUCCUGAAGAGAUAUGACACCCCAAAGUAUGCCACUUGGAAUAAGGAUUAUUUUGAGCUGAAGGCAAUUAAGCAGCAGCAAAUGAGAAAAAGAGCUCUUUCUCCUCCCACUACCUGCCUAAAAGUAGGACAUAAAUUUUCCUUUGUGAAGGUCUCUGUCUCUUCUUCUACCUCAGGAAGAGGACAGCUCUCCUCACUGGAGUCAGAAAGGUGGCAUCCAGAUGGUCUCUACGAAUACUUUACUAAAAUAACCCUCUCUUCUGUUGUUUUCUUCCAUACAUUUACUAAUUUAUAGCCCCUAGAAGUCCAACCCCUUUUCCUCUGUCUUAUCACUUCUUCACAAUUUAUCACCCUUUAUUAAAGUUAUGGGUAAGUAUUCUUUGGGUCUCCACUUUCUUUUUAUGAAGGCCUCUGCACAGGUACAAAUUAAAAUAUUAACAUCAAGUAAGAUUUGUUUACCUUUUUGCCUGUUAAUCUAUCUAAUCAGUUUAAUUCACACAUUCUGGAGACAGAACCUUAAGAGAGUAGAAGAAAGUUUCUUCUUCCCCUGUAGUUCUAUUGUCUUAGUGUUUAUCUUUUUUGAUGGCUUGUAUGCUCUGUGUUGUGCUAGUUAAAUGUUGACUAGAGCAUUGAUUUAUUUCUGCCCCCUUUAAUUUUUUGAUCAGUGGUUUUCAACUUUGGCUGGAUAACAGAGAGAUCAGUGAGACUUUAAAGGACCUAGAUUUCAGAACAAACCACCUGAAUCACAGUAUUUAUCAUUGGUCCCUAAAAACUAACAUUUGCAAACAGUGUCAAAGAAAACUUGAGGCAGACAGAAGUUAAAGUGGUAAAAGCAAAUCUUCAUCAAGAACUAUAGAACCUCGGUGUAGAACUGGGCUUCCUUCUGAAUCCUACAAGGAUAAGUGGAAAUUUAUAGUCAAAGAGCAGGGUAGGUGUCACUGGAUGGAAAAUUACUAAGAGAAAACAUUAGGGGCAAGGGAGAUUCUGGCUAAAUUACGUUGAUAGGAACCUUGCUGAAGGCAAGCCAGGGUGGGAAGAUUGAGGGUGGGAUGAGGAAUUUUUGAGGGUGGGAGAUUUUCACUAAACUGAUUUAGCAGGAUUCUUGCUAAAACCAAACUAAGGCAGCUAAGGACAAGCCCUAGAGGUAGGCCUAGUCAAAGAGAGGACUCAAAGGAGACUGAGGGAGUGUUUGUCAACAGCAACAACUACUGCAAAGUAUAAUGAAGGUGGUUCUGACAUGUGCAUCUGUAAUUAAGGACUGAAGCCUUAUUUUUACAGAGGCUUGGUAUUUCACGUCAAUCUUUUCUUGAUCUACUUUUUAAUAGCUUGACAGGUCUAUAAAUGGUCAGCUUUUCCCCCAAAGCCUUUUCUCCUUUAGGCUUUUACUGUAGAGUACCACAGCACUAAAGGAGAUAAAGUUAAGAGCAAAUAAUUCUUGUUUUGAAGCAAACACACUUCAACAAAGAUUAGGGGCUUAAAGUGUUCCAGGCAAUGUUCUAGUUGGUGAGAACAGACUGGUGAAUAAGGCAGACAAGGGCCCCUGCCCUGUUGAUGCCAAUGGUCAAAGAGUAGAAUACAGUAUACCAAUAAGUGAACAAUUUCAUUUCAGGUAGUGAUAAGCAUGAAGAAGACAAUGAACGAAGGCUAUAAUAGUGACUUAAUAGAAGACUGUAUUAAGGACAGGAGGUCCAAACUGAAAGAUUGUCAUUAUAGGUUGUUACUGGUUGUGCUCAGAUUUGGGUCUAGUGAUCCCGGCAGGGAAAUAGCACGCACAAAGGCCCAGAGUCAGUGACAAGCUUGGCCUGUGUGAGGAACAGAAAGAAAACUGGUAGGACAAGAACAAUGCAGGUAAAUGGGAUGAGGGGUUGUGUUUAGGAAUCUCUUAAUUCCUAUGAAGGGAGAUUUCAAGGUUUUAGACAUUGAGUGCCUGGCUUAAUAUGUAUUUUAAUAGCUAAUUGUUAAUAUGGGAAGACAGACAAAUCUUGGGAAGCAAGAGAUACCCAUUAGGCAUGAAGUUCUAAGUAGGGUUCUGGAUCUGGGACUUAGGAGUGAUGCCUCUCUCCCUCUCUCUGCUUCUUUCCCUGGGGUCUUUCCACAUGUAGCUUCAGGAUAGCCAGAUUUUUUUCAUGCUUGCAUGUUGAUCAGGAGCUCCCAAAGCAGUCCCUCUAAAAGAAACCUGCAGUAGCUGCAUGGACUUUUCUGUUUUCUACCUCACCCUGAAAGUCAGGCAGAGUCACAGACCCACCUCUUGAUGGGAAGUGUGUCAGGCAACUUGCACUGUUUUAAAGCCAUCACAUUACAGAAUCCCUGAUAGGGAACAAAGGCAAAUGGAAGGCCUGCCUGAUGCUGCCGCUUUUGCAACUAAACUUAAAAACACUCUCAUCCAGUACCAUAGCAUUGAAGAUGAUCUGUGGCGAGUUGCCAAGAAAACGAGAGAUGUCACCAUUUGGAGAAAACCUUCAGAAGAAUUUAAUGGAUAUCUUUUCAAAGCCCAAGGUGUUAUAGAUGAUGUUGUCAAUAGUGUAAUGGACCACAUAUGCCCAGGUCCCUGUCGCUUGGAUUGGGACAGCUUAAUGACUUCACUGGACAUUUUGGAGCACUUUGAAGAGAAUUGCUGUGUGAUGCGUUACACUACUGCUGGUCAGCUUUGGAAUAUAAUUUCCCCACGAGAGUUUGUUGAUUUCUCCUACACUGUGGACUAUCAAGGAGGGCUUUUAUCCUGUGGGAGAAGUCUUGAAUGGAGUGAAAAGAGACCAGAAUUUGUCCGCGGAUAUAACCAUCCCUGUGGUUGGUUUUGUGUUCCACUGAAAGACAGUGCACACCAGAGUCUUUUGACAGGCUACAUUCAGACGGAUCUGCGUGGGAUGAUCCCUCAGUCUGCAGUAGACACAGCCAUGGCGAGCACGUUAAUCAACUUCUAUGGUGACUUGCGAAAAGCCUUACGAAAGGCAUGAUCCGUUCAAUCUUCUAGCACAAUGGUUCCCUGAAUCAGCUUUUUCUCUCAGCUCCAUGGCCUGUAUAAAACAUCACCCUUUCCUCUCUUCUUUACAGCCUGUAGAAAAAUUUGAGAUGUUUUGGGCUAUUUUAUUCUUAAAGUAAAUAGCUAUCAAAGAGAGGGCAUUUUAGUUUUCUCAUAGUUCUUUGCACAUUGUUUGGUGUCAGAGUGUCUAGGAGUGGAGGGAGAGUAUGACAGAAAUCCACCAACAAGUAGAUAAGAGUUCUUUGACCCAAACUCUGAAGAAGUUGAAUAGUGCCUCAGUAUGAAUUUUUUUGGCUGCUUGGAAAUUAGAGAAAGCACAAGCUUCAUGCUGUUAGGUUUAAAAUAAUCUAUUUUAGAGCUUUAUGAACAUUUUGUAAAAGUUUUAAUUUUUUUCAAUAGUUAAAUAUUAGUGCUUUACUUUUGGUAUGCUGUAUGAGUUUGCAUACAUCUUGGACUAAAGAAAAAAUUCUCUAUAUUUUAUAAAAAUGAACUUCAUUGUUAAUUGACUUGCACUACUUUAAGUAUUGAAAAGAUAAAUAUGAAAAGGAUAGAUGUUAUAGUAACUAUAGGUUCAAAUCAAAUGCAAUUCAAUUUUAAUACCUAGGUAGCAUUAUUUUGUGGAUAUCUUUAAAAAUAUAGUUGUAUUUUUAUGUGCAUUUAUUUUGGGAGUCUUAAAACAUUUAUGCAUGAAUAAAACAGUACAAAAAAACUGCCAAAUAUAUGCUGGGGACACCAUAUUGACCAGGCAAUAGUGUGGGUUGUGUAAAGUGGCUGGUGGUAUCCUGUAUUGAGCAACAAGGAAUCAUUUCUCUAAGAACAGUGGUCCCCAACCAUUUUGGCACCAGGGACUGCUUUUGUGGAAGAUCGGGUGGGGGGAGCUCAGGUGGGGGCAUGGAGCUCAGGUGAGCUUUGCUCCCUCACUAGCAGCUGUAGAUGGGGUGGGAUGGAGACAGGAGGCAGAGCUUCGUUUGCAGCUGAGUUCCUUGGGGACGCCUGCUGUAGAAGGUCAAAUUCAAUGAAUGUUUUGUAUGUGUUUCACUUUUAAAAGUAUUACUGAGCCCAUAGAGUAUUACUAACUACUUCAUAAACAUUCACAAUUGUGAUGUAACUUUUGUCUGGAACUGUAACAAAUGGAUUCAGAGAUUUAUCCAAAUGCCUAGAUGAGUCAUUUUAUAAUGAGAAUGGACUGUAACAGGUCCCUCGAUUCUAUGGUUGCCUUAGCUGAACAUUCCUAAAUGAUUUUAGCAUUCUAAAUCACUCUGGCUUUUGAACUAUCCACUAGUUUACUUCUAAAAUGAGGAUUCGAGGCAUCCUGAAGUGUCUGGGCACAUUUUUGUGUGUGUUUGUUUUGUGCAUGCAACAUCUUGAAAUCUGUUUCAUUGUUCAGUGUGAGUUCUUUCUGUGUUAUUAUUACUGUUUCAUUUCCCUUUUAUUUUCUCUUUUUGUUUAGUAUGGGGUAAAAUGAAAUCUGGAGAUACGAGCCAGAUGGGCCAAAAGAAGCGCACGAGCACAUUAGUGGUUCAAGCGCAUGAAGGUCUGAUCUGUGUUUUACGUUGCGUUCUCCCAAGUGUGAAGAGAGCAUAGUCGUUGUUCCUCAGACCCGUUUUGAUAAAAUGGAAAAAGUAGAGCUGGGUUUUAUCUUUAUUUUUAUUUUUUGCUAUUAGCAAUGAUGUUAAAAAAACAACAGCAACAAAAGGUUGCAGCACUACAAUAUCCACGGUGAAUAAUCUCACAGUUUUUAUUAGCACCAUGCUCUAACCAACUGGGCUAACCAGCUGGCUUAAGCUUUUAGGUUGAAAAUAAUUUGUUUUAAGAUCUGACAGAAACAAGGCAUAAAUGAUCCUAUUUUCUUAUCUUGAAAUUUAUUAAUAAAUAAUUGUUUCUAAGUUGACAGCAAUUUUGAGUUGCUAGAUUUCUCUCCCACUUUUUUCAUUUUGUAAUAGGAAAAGAGCACUCAGCAAUUUAGUUUCAGUUUCCCAUGGAAAUUGUUGAAAGUUAAUUUCGACUUGAUCUAUUUUUUUUCAUUUGGUUUCACUAGUGUAGAGUAGGAAGUUUCUUGUAUUCCAGUAGUCUGUCUAAGACGGCAAAGUACCAACAGAUGUUUGGUCUUAAGGUUCCCAGGUUGGGUAAAGGGGUUCGCAGCAGUGUUGUGCAUAAGGGCUAUUACUGCUUGCCUUGGGUGCCCUGAACACAAGUGAACUGUCCCCUUCAGUCACCCUAGUGUUCCUUUUGUCCUUUUCAACUUAUUCUUCUAAUUAGUGAUUAUUGCAUAAUCCUCUGUUUACAGUGGAGCUAUUAUAGGUGAAAGGAUACUCACAGGAAAAUUUUUCACUGCAAUAUGGAGUCAUAUGGAUUGAGACAUUAUAUUUGAAUUACCUGAAGUUUCUAUGCAGCUUCUACAUGGCACUUUGGAUCUGCUGGGCCCUAGCUGUGUACUUAAAAAUGAACAGCUUUAUUGAGGUGUAAUUUACAUGCUAUACAACUUACCAGUUGUCGGUAUACAGUCCAGUGAUUUCUGCAUACCUCAUGGUUGUGCGGCCAUCAGCACAAUCCAGUUUUAGAACAUUUUCAUCUCCCAAAAGAUCCGCUGCCUGUUGGCAGACUCAUACCUAACUAAAGGCUAGCACAGUUCCCAGUACAUGGAGGAUGACGACAAAGACUGGAGGAGGUUCUGUCAGGGUUUGUUUUUAAGGGGAGAGGUGUACUUGAAUCUAAGCUCAGGAACCUUGUGUUAAUAUAUUAAAGUAUGUUAUCUCAAGUGCCAUAAUGAUACAAAAAUUGAAAGAAUGUGGGUUGGGAUUAAUGAGUCUGCUGUUUCUAUGGCAGUGCUGUUGAAUAAAAAACUAAUGUGAAGCAAUAUGUCAUUUUAAAUUUUCUAGCAGCAACAUUAAAAACAUAAAAAAUGGCUGAAAUUAAUUUUAAUUAUAUAGUUCAUUUAACUCAGUAGAUCUAAAAUAUUAUCACUCAACAUUAGCCAAUAUUUAAAAUCAUUAAAAUACCUUACAUUCUUCUUUUGUACCAGUUACUUGAAAUCUGGUGUGUACUUUACUAAUUUGGACUAGUCUCAUUUUAAGUGCUCAUUGUCCACAUGAAGCCAGUGUCCUAUAUGGAACAACACAGCUCUAAUGUGUGUAUAUAUAUACCUACAUACUUAUAUAAAAAUUUGUUAUUCCAUAGUAGGAAGUAGAGAAUUUCAAGAAAUUACUCUUAAAUACAAAAUCUCUGAUUUCUGAACCUUCAAGGCUUGCUAAAUGGGGACUUCUGAACAUUAGAAAUAAAUCAGUUAGUUGUCAAUAAAAUACAAAUUAUAGCCGCCCCCCCCCCCCCAACUUUCUUUAAAGAGAACUUUUCACAGGGCAGUUAACAAAAGAAUAUAAUCUGCCUUAUGUGGUUGAUUAUUUUUCUCUAGGUGAUGGCUAGUUUGUAUUAGAAACAUGUAUGCAGGAAUACUUGGCAUAGUACUGCUUUUAGUACAUAGUACCUAUUUUAUAUUUAAGGAAAUUAAUUUCAUACAAGAAAAAUAAUUUAUCCUAAGUGAUACUUUUGCAUGAGAUAUUAUAUUGAUAGCUCUUGAUUAACUGUUCAAGUUUGACACAAUAAUGAGGAAAAAUAAUUGUGAGAAUUUAGUGUUCUGCAGUUAUGUGUGAUAGAAACUUCUACAGUGUUAAAGAGAUCAUGAAUGUUAAAAAUCUCUGCAUUUCACUGUUCAUUGUGGUUGGAUAUAUUUGAAAUUAUAGAUUUCUAUGUCUAAAAUUACCUCCCAGUAAAAAAAAGCUUUUAGAUAUGAGUAAUUCCCUUUGAUAUAGGUAAAAGUUUUACCUGUCUACUCAAGAACACACUAGCAUUCUUAAAAUAUGUUAAAAUUCAGUGUCUUUUAAUUUAAUGGGUGCUGUAGCUAUACCAGCCCUGUGGAUAAAUUAGCAGAACCUAGAGAGGUUAGAGAAUUGGCCAGAUUUCUGUUCGGCCCUGUGCUGUGUAAUUGCGUGUCUGAUGUAUCUCCCAUGUCUUUCUUACUUAACUUCUAGAGCUAGGGGAUGGCAGGAUCUGAGCGUGGAAGAAACGCUAGGUUAAUCCCAGAGUACAGGAAAUUGACAUUAUCAUUUCUUCAUUAUUUUGUUGUUUCCAAAGGUUUUUACAUAUAUAAUUAAAUAAAAAUUCAUAUCUUGCAAUUCAAUUAAAGCUAAUACAGAUUUUAUUUUUAAGAUAUUUGUAGUUCCUUUGUGAGCUGGUCUGUAAAACUAGAACCUUUAUUAAACUAAGAGCAUGUGUUAAUAUAAAUAAAAGGUGUAUAUAUUUUUUAAUUGCUAUGAAAUAUAUCAGAAUAAAAUUUCUAGAUUCUUGUAA